AUGACAGGAGCCCCGCCCAACGGACCUCAGGAGGUCGGCGACAAGCACAACAAUACAGUCAUGUGCGACGUCCACGGUGAACCCGCGUCCGUCUUGCACGUUGAUUAUCAGGAGGUUGAAUGGACGGCCAGCGAGGAGAGCAAGCUGGUCCGCAAGCUCGAUUGCGUGGUGAUGCCGCUCCUCGCCGCGGGCUUCUUCGUCCUUCAACUUGAUCGCGGAAACAUCGGCAACGCUGUGACCGACUUCUUCUUUGAAGAUGUCGGCGUCACGCAAUUCGAGUUCAACGUGGGCAACCAGCUCAUGUAUCUCGGCGUCACCCUCUUCGAGAUCCCAAGCAACCUGGUCCUCUACCGAGUCGGCCCCGCGGCCUGGAUCGGCUGCCAGAUCUUUGCCUGGGGUAUGGUGGCCACCUUUCAAGCUUUCAUCAAGGGCCAGGGGCCGGGCGCCUACAUGGCUACCCGCUUCCUCCUAGGGGCGUGCGAGUCUGGGUACAUCCCUGCUGGCCUCUUCACCAUUUCCCGCUUCUACACGACCUCGGAGACUAGCAAGCGGUUUGGCUGGUUCUUCUUUGGAAACAUGCUCGCAAACGCGUGCGGUGGCCUCAUCGCCUACGGAAUCCUCCACAUGCGAGGGAUCGCUGGCCUCUCCGGAUGGCAGUGGAUGUUUAUUAUCGAGGGCCUUCUUACCGUCAUCGUGGCGGCGCUCUUCCUGAUGCUAUUCCCUCGCUCGAGUCAGAGGCCCACCUCGCUGCUCGGCAUUUCCUUGUUCAACGAGCGAGACGCACGCAUCCUCACGGCGCGUGUGCUGCGGGACGAUCAUACAAAACUCCAGGCCAAACAGCACGUGUCGCGGGACGAGUUCAAAUCAGCCAUGACCAACUGGCGAUCCUUGGGCCAUAUCUUGGUCGCCAUCUGUUGCCUCUCUUCGCAGACCUCGCUCUUCACCUACGCCCCCUCCAUCGUCGCCUCGUACAACUACGGCAGGCUGCAGUCCAAUGCACUGGUCUCCGUCGGCUACUGGAUCCUGAUUCUGACCACCCUCUCCUGGGGCUACAUUGCCGACAAAUGGGGCCGCCGCGGGCCCAUGGUUCUACUGGGUGUGACGAUUGGCUGGAUCCUCGUGGUCGCCAAUCGCUCCAUUAUCGACACGGGCAGCAACAGCUCCAAAUACGCUGUACUCGUGCUGAUCAUCGGGACUAGUUUCAACUGGCAUCCCGUCAACGGCUCCUGGAUGUCGCUCAAUGCCCGCUCCGCCGGCGAGCGGUCCGUCAGCAUGGCUCUCUUUGUCAUGAGCGCCAACUGCGCCGGCAUCGUCGCCAGCCAGAUCUUCCAGGCCGAGGACAGUCCCCAGUACCGCACGGCCUGGACGGUGGUUCUGUCGCUCUCGACCGUCGGGCUGGUCGCGUGCUGCCUCACCAACCUGCAGUACUGGGUUCUCAACCGCCGGAACCGGAAGAACGGCGUCGAGACGUUCAUCUACAAGACCUAA